AUGCUCAUAAAUGGAAACUGGGGAUCAUGGACUCUUGAUGGACCAUGCUCAGUAACUUGUGGAGCAGGAGUGCAGACAAAAAGACGAGUCUGUAAUGAUCCUGCUCCUACACAGGAUGGAAAGCCAUGUGAUGGUGCAGAAACUAUAUUAGAAGAAUGUAACAAGGAAGCAUGUGCAGUAAAUGGAAACUGGGGAUCAUGGACUCUUGAUGAACCAUGCCCAGUAACUUGUGGAGCAGGAGUGCAGAUAAAAAGACGAGUCUGUAAUGAUCCUGCUCCUACACAGGAUGGAAAGCCAUGUGAUGGUGCAGAAACUAGAUUCGAACAAUGUAACAAGGAAGCAUGUGCAGUAAAUGGAAACUGGGGAUCAUGGACUCUUGAUGAACCAUGCCCAGUAACUUGUGGAGCAGGAGUGCAGAUAAAAAGACGAGUCUGUAAUGAUCCUGCUCCUACACAGGAUGGAAAGCCAUGUGAUGGUGCAGAAACUAGAUUCGAACAAUGUAACAAGGAAGCAUGUGCAGUAAAUGGAAACUGGGGAUCAUGGACUCUUGAUGGACCAUGCUCAGUAACUUGUGGAGCAGGAGUGCAGAUAAAAAGACGAGUCUGUAAUGAUCCUGCUCCUACACAGGAUGGAAAGCCAUGUGAUGGUGCAGAAACUAGAUUCGAACAAUGUAACAAGGAAGCAUGUGCAGUAAAUGGAAACUGGGGAUCAUGGACGCUUGACGGACCAUGCUCAGUAACUUGUGGAGCAGGAGUGCAGACAAAAACACGAGUUUGUAAUGAUCCUGCUCCUUCACAGAACGGAAAGCCAUGUGAUGGUGAAGAAACUAGCUCAGAAGAAUGUAAUAAGGAAGCAUGUGCAGUCAAUGGAAACUGGGGAUCAUGGGGUAUUUAUGGAUCAUGCUCAGUAACUUGUGGAGCAGGAGUGCAGAUGAAAACACGAGCUUGUAAUGAUCCUGCUCCUUCACAGAACGGAAAGCCAUGUGAUGGUGCAAAUACUAGCUCAAAAAAUUGUAACAUGAAAGCAUGUGCAGAUUGUCAUCAUGGACAGUAG